AUGGAGGCGCCGCUGCUCGACCGGCGGAGCUCCGACGAGCUUAUCGGAGACGACGGGGACUACCUCCCGGCGAGAGGGCCCAGGGACUGGUGGCGCGUUUUCUGCACGGAGACGGCGAGGCUGUGGAGGAUCGGCGGCCCGAUCGCGUUCCAGAUUCUUUGCCAGCACGGAACCAACUCCGUCACCACCAUGUUUGUCGGCCAUAUUGGAGACGUCGAGCUCUCGGCUUUCUCCAUCGCUGUUUCGGUCGUCGGUACAUUCUCCUUCGGAUUCAUGCUUGGCAUGGGGAGUGCCCUCGAGACUCUAUGCGGCCAGGCCUUUGGAGCCGGGCAGGUCCACAUGCUCGGCAUCUACAUGCAGCGCUCGAUGAUCAUACUCUUCGCCAACUGUAUCCUCUUGCUCCCUCUGUACAUCUUCGCCACCCCAGUCCUAAAGCUGCUCGGCCAAGCGGACGAGAUCGCGAAUCCAGCUGGCGCGUACACGCUGAUGAUUGUGCCUCAGCUCUUCUCGCUGGCCGUCACUUUUCCCUCCCAAAAAUUCUUGCAGGCACAGAGCAAAGUGAACGUGCUCGCGUGGAUCGCGUUCCUAUCUCUCGUUUCGCAGGUUUUCCUCUGCUGGUUGUUUAUGGACGUGCUCGGUUGGGGGGUCGGUGGGGCCGCUCUGGCCAUCGACCUCACGGGCUGGGGGACUGCAGCGGCUCAAUUCGUAUAUGUGGUCGGGUGGUGUAGGGAUGGUUGGAAGGGGUUCUCUUGGUCGGCUUUUAAGGAGAUUUGGGGGUUUGUGAGGCUUUCGUUGGCUUCGGCUGUGAUGAUGUGUCUGGAGAUUUGGUACAUGGCCAGCAUUACUGUUCUCACGGGGAAUCUGGAUAAUGCCGUGACUGCAGUUGGCUCACUUGCCAUCUGGUAA